AUGUUGGUGCUCAUGCGUCCACAUCGCUGGCGAAGGUUGGCCGCCUUGGGAGUCGAAUGGAGGGGGGCCCUGGCGAAAGCGCCGCAAGACUUGAAGGGCCUCUUGCUGGAUAUCGGCUUCCCUGCCGACGGUGCGCAGCGAGUCCUGGGGAAGCUUCAACAGCCGCUGCCGUGCCAGCAUGGGGCGAAGGUUCUACAGCUGCUGCACUCGUGGUCUGUCCCAGACGAGACGCUUCGCGCUGCCAUCGCGCGCCAUCCGGAGCUGCUAGCCGCGACACUGGCAGAACUCCAGGCCACUGAUGAAGCACUCCAAGCUUCGCUUCCGCAAGACGUGUUCAGCGAGCUGGUGCAGAAGUUCCCUGAGGUGUUGCUGGCGGGCCGGUCAAACGUCGCGGAAUUGCAAGAACUUUUCAGUUCAUGGGGCCUGCCCUGGGAGGAGGCUGCAAGAAGGGCGCCGCGACUGCUGCUGCGCAUGCCGGAGGAUCUGGCCAAGCUCCUCCACUUCCUGCGCAAGGAUCCGCUGGGUCCGCUGCUUUCUGCCGACCAGCUAGCUUAUGUGGCGAAAAACUAUCCGAUGCUCCUCCUUGGGACAUUGGACGCUGAGCGCCAGCUGGCCCCACUGGUGCAGUUUCUGCGCCACUUUCUUGGAGUUGAUCCCGCUAGCACGCAAUGCAUCGGGCUGUAUGCCUGGCCAGAUUCACUUGCUGUUGUCGAGCCAACUGCUCGCUUCCUAGUGGAAGACUGUGGCUACUCGCUUGAAGAGCUUCGGGAAGAUGUCGCACUCCUGGGGUAUUCCUUUGAAGCUCGGGUGCAUCCACGGGGCCGCUUCGUGCAGCAUUUGGGUAUGGCCCGAUUGCCACUCAAGGCCUUGACGGCUGUGGAUGACAACCACUUCUGCCAAAUGGUGGAUGCCGGCAAAGACGAGUACCUGGCAUUCAUGUUUCAGCUGCGGAGAACCGCGCGGAAGGAGCAAAAUCAG